AUGAGACCCAGCUCUGACCGCCGCACACCGCGGCCGCCCUCGCUCGACGGCGUGCUGCUCCCAGCCGUGCCGAACAGCCGUGAUGCGCCGCCGCCGGCCGUCUCCAAAGAGCAGACCAGCAAGAAACCCGUCGCGUGGAAGGACAUGCCCCAAAAACGGCAGCUCGCCAUCCUGACCAUCUCCCGUCUGAGCGAGCCGUUGGUGCAGACGUCGUUGCAGGCCUACAUGUAUUACCAGCUCAAAUGGUUCGACCCGUCCCUGCCCGACUCCGCCAUCGCCACGCAGGCCGGCCUCUUGCACGCCAGCUUCAUGGCCGCCCAGUUCGUCACGGCGCUCGUCUGGGGGCGCGUGGCCGACUCGCCGCGCGCCGGCCGCAAGACGGUGCUGCUCAUCGGACUCGUCGGCACCAGCCUGUCGUGCGUAGGCUUUGGCUUUGCCACGUCCUUUUGGCAGGCGCUGCUAUUUCGGACCCUCGGGGGGGCGACGAAUGGCAACAUUGGCGUGAUGCGGACCAUGAUUAGCGAAAUCGUCAGGGAAAAGAAAUUUCAACCCCGCGCAUUCAUGCUCCUCCCCAUGACCUUCAACGUCGGCAUCAUCGUCGGCCCCAUCCUCGGCGGCCUCUUGUCCGACCCGGCCGGCAGCUACCCGGCGCUGCUCGGCGGCGUGCGCUUCUUCCGCGCCUACCCCUACGCCCUGCCCAACAUGGUCAGCGCCGCGUUCCUCGUCGCCGCCGCCGCCGCCGUCUGGCUCGGCAUCGAGGAGACGCUCGACGCCCUGCGCGAGCGGCCCGCCGGCGACCUCGGCCUGCGCGUCGGCCGCCGCCUCGCCGCCUGGUACCGCCGCUGCCGUAUCUGGGGACAAAAAAGCGGCCCGGACGAGCGCGGCGCGUAUGCUGCGCUCGAGACGCACGACAUGGAGCUCCCAGACACCUCGGAUACAGAAGCCGGCCGCACCGCGUCGGUUGGCGGCGGCGCAAAACCACGCCGGUCCGGUGCGCGCUACACCCAGCGCCUGCCCUUUCGGCAAAUCUUCACGCGCAACGUCAUCUUCAUCUUCAUCGCGCAAUUCUUCCUCGCCUUUCACAUUGGCACCUUUAACGGUCUGUGGUUCGUCUUUCUCUCCACGCCCGUCUACGACCCAUCCAACAGCACCACGACGCCGUCCCUGCCGUUCCGCUUCACGGGGGGCCUGGGCAUGCAGCCGCAGCGCGUCGGCGUGGCCAUGGCCAUGAUUGGCGCCAUCGGCAUCACCAUGCAGCUGUUCCUGUACCCGACGCUGGCCGCCCGCCUCGGCACGCUGCGCUCGUGGCGGCUGUCGCUGCUGUGCUUCCCGCUCGCCUACUUUGUCGUGCCGUACCUGUCGGUGGUGCCGAGCACGGUGGCGCCGCCGGCGGCCAAGGCGGGCGCGGCCGUGUGGCUGGCCAUGGGCGCCGUGCUCCUGGGGCACGUCGUCGGCCGCACGUUUGCGCUGCCGAGCAUGGCCAUUCUCAUCAACAACGGCGCGCCGCACCCGAGCGUGCUCGGGACCGUGCAUGGGCUCGGGCAGAGCGUCAGUAGCGCGGCGCGGACGCUGGGACCCGUGAUUGGCGGCCCCGUGUACGGCUUCGGCUUGAACCAAGGCUAUGUCGGCUUGGUGUGGUGGACGCUCAGCGGCGUCUCCGUGUGUGCGUGCCUGGCGAGCCUGUUGGUCAAGGAGGGGGAUGGCCACGAAGUGUGGCUGGAAGGCGAUGACGAGGAUGAAUAG